AUGACGACAGCGCAACGUCUCCUUCUCCAGCUCCAUUGGAGGCCCAAGCUCCCGGCGCAGCUCAACACGCGCGCACCCCAUGCUCUCUAUGGCAUCUCAGAUUUCAUGCUGCUCAACAAAGCUAUCAUCGCCCAGCCUGUCCCUAGUCAGAUUAGCGGCGGUCCUCCCCCAAGAUCUUGGGGUAGUUGGUCGUGGCGGCCUGGAUCCCAGGUUGCCUAG